AAAUAUAAUUCAAAAGAAAAAAAAACAUAAUUCUAUAACCUCAUUCAAAUGGUGGAGUAUAGAGAAUAGAGGCGUUCAAAAUUCAUAUAUAACUUAACCAAAAACUCAAAAAUUUCAAAAGUACAAUCACAAAUUGAUUUUAAAAACGUAAAAAUAAAGUUGAUCCUAUGGAUAAUUAGACAGUAAUUAACAAUCACUAUUAGACUAUUAGCUAGUAUAAAAUAAAAAAAGCAUUAUUCUGCAAUACAGAGUCAGCCUCAAAUUAAUAUUAAUAUAAAAUUAAAAAGUACCCCCAACUUCCCCUUCCUUUGCCCAAAAUCUCUCCAGCCCUAAUUUCUCUCAACUUCCCUUUCCUUUCUGUAGACCCUAAUUCGCCGAAAAUGCCUCCGAUGACACAUCGGACUAUUACUGUCUAUCUCCAUGGUUACUGCGUCCCGCCGAUGAAUGACGGCGCUUCUUGUGAUGCGUGGUAUCGUUUUAGUGUCCUUGGAAGGCGUAUUCGUCUGUCUGGUGUGCCCUCUCGCCUCGGGGAGCUUUCUCGGCGCAUAUACGGGCGGGGAGCAAGAUCUGCGAUAGUUGGUAAUGAUAUUUUCGCAAUUGGAAGCUACCUUACGGAUAUGAAUACAACCGCUGAUACCGCGUAUCCGCAUCUCCUUAAGCAUUAUAAGAGGAGAUACGAUCCCGUCUGGGAGAUUGUAGCGGAUGCAGGAAGCUUUCCCCGUAAGUUUCCUUUUGUGGCCUCCAUUGGGAGGGAGCUAUAUGUUCUGUCAGGCAGACAUUGCCAUUACCCUGGUUUUAAUCAAAAUACGGUUCCUCGUCGAUGUGGUCAAGUUUACCAUGUUGAUCAGCACUUCUGGAGGAUUAUUCCUCAUCAUAAUGACUUUACCCAUUAUGAUAAGGCCAUCCUCCUGGAUAGAAUUGACGCUAGGCCAACAACAGUAUGUGUUUUCUAUUGCUUGGAACGAGGACAGAUCAUGUUCUAUUACAUGAUUACCGGGAAUAUCCACCAUUCUGCGGGCCAUACUUCGCUUGCUGUCUUUUAUGACUUGUAUUAUGAGGAUGCUGAGUUUUGGGACUUCAAUGACAUUGUAGGUUUGGACCAUGUCCAAGAUUUUGACCCCUUGAUUUCUGCUUCAAUUUAUGGACAGCCGGUUUUUCGUGAGAAUGCGUUCUUUUGGCUAGGCUACGACCUCCGAGUGUAUGCAUAUUCUUUGGAUGAGAGGAGAUGGUUCACGUCACCUCCCGCUUCUUUUGGGCUAGAUGAUGUUUCCAUUUCACCUCUAUUGCUUGGCAUGCGAAACCGCAGGUUCAUGGCGGUUAUUACUCUAUCUGAUCAUCUUAUAGCAGCUUCCACCUUCAUUGUGUCAAGGGAAGAAAAUGAUUUAAGGGUGAUUGUGGAGGCAGUUGAGACUUUCCCUAUUCUUGAUCCUAACUUUAGGUUGCUUCGUGCAAUGUUGGAGUACGGUGAGGCAAAAUACUAAGCUUGGAUGAGUAGUAACUGCAAUGGAGACCUAAUGGGCUGUAGAUUUGAAAUUGCUGUCAAUGGUAAAAAUUUAGAGAUGCAGAAGUUUUUUGUGAUUUGUAAUUGCUGUCAACAGUACAAAUUUAGAGAUGCAGCAGGUGUUUUAGUUACACAAAAAUAAAUGAUGUGUUCCACUGCCUUUUGGGAUUGAUGCAUUCAGUUUGCCUUUUCUUUUGCUUUCCUUUUCAUUGCUAUUGUGUUAAUUUGGGAUUGAUGCAUCCAGUUUGCCUUUUCUUUUGCCUUCCCUUUCAUUUUGCUGUUGUGUGAAUUUGGGAUUGAUGGAUUUGGUUUGCGUUUUCUUCCCCUCCCUUUCCUUUCAUUCUGCUGUGUAAAUCAGGGAUUGAUGGAUUCAGUUUUUGGGAAAUCAGUGAACAAAUUGUUUGUCUUUUA